UCUUAUUUUGAAAACAGAAGAAAUACACAUUUUGAUGAGCAGUAGGAGAAUAUUAUUUGUUCUCUUCGGACUAAAUGACAUAAUGUGAGACUUUCCAAACUAUAAUGUGAGACUUCAAACUUCAACGUGGAGACAAUCUUUCCUCUUUGGUGUUAAAUGGUUUGAUCCGGAUAUGUAGGGUAAUGGUGGGGGUCUCAGGUUAAAGAAUGUUAAACAUCAUCAUUGCCAGAACCAAAUCCCCCGACCACAUCACCCCCAUUCUCGUCCAACUACACUGGCUCCCUGUCCAACACCGGACUGACCUUAAAACCCUUCUGCUCACCGACAAAGCCCCCCACAACGUGGCCCCCACUUAUCUCCCCAACCUCCUCCAGGAGGACAGGCCCUGCCGCUCCCUUCGUCAUCCUCAGCUGGCCUUCACGGUCCCCACCUCCCGCCUCAGCACCGUGGGUGCUAGGGCUCUCAGCACCGUGGGUGCUAGGGCUCUCAGCACCGUGGGUGCUAGGGCUCUGAGCUGAACUGAAAGAGACUCCCUGAUAACAUUGAAUCCCUCCUCAAAACACAUGUGUUCCCACUGGCCUUCUCGCUGUAAUGACCCCCUACUGGGGGUUGCCCUCGUAUCCCCGUUGGGCUACUGUUCUUACCCCCUCCUACCUGGGUCUCCUCACUGCUGUUCUUACCCCCUCCUACCUGGGUCUCCUCACUGUUCUUACCCCCUCCUACCUGGGUCUCCUCACUGCUGUUCUUACCCCCUCCUACCUGGGUCUCCUCACUGUUCUUACCCCCUCCUACCUGGGUCUCCUCACUGUUCUUACCCCCUCCUACCUGGGUCUCCUCACUGUUCUAACCCCCUCCUACCUGGGUCUCCUCACUGCUGUUCUUACCCCCUCCUACCUGGGUCUCCUCACUGCUGUUCUUACCCCCUCCUACCUGGGUCUCCUCACUGUUCUUACCCCCUCCUACCUGGGUCUCCUCACUGCUGUUCUUACCCCCUCCUACCUGGGUCUCCUCACUGUUCUUACCCCCUCCUACCUGGGUCUCCUCACUGCUGUUCUUACCCCCUCCUACCUGGGUCUCCUCACUGCUGUUCUUACCCCCUCCUACCUGGGUCUCCUCACUGCUGUUCUUACCCCCUACUACCUGGGUCUCCUCACUGUUCUUACCCCCUCCUACCUGGGUCUCCUCACUGCUGUUCUUACCCCCUCCUACCUGGGUCUCCUCACUGCUGUUCUUACCCCCUCCUACCUGGGUCUCCUCACUGUCCUUACCCCCUCCUACCUGGGUCUCCUCACUGUUCUUACCCCCUCCUACCUGGGUCUCCUCACUGUUCUUACCCCUCCUACCUGGGUCUCCUCACUGUUCUUACCCCCUCCUACCUGGGUCUCCUCACUGCUGUUCUUACCCCCUCCUACCUGGGUCUCCUCACUGCUGUUCUUACCCCCUCCUACCUGGGUCUCCUCACUGCUGUUCUUACCCCCUCCUACCUGGGUCUCCUCACUGUUCUUACCCCCCCCUACCUGGGUCUCCUCACUGCUGUUCUUACCCCCUCCUACCUGGGUCUCCUCACUGUUCUUACCCCCUCCUACCUGGGUCUCCUCACUGCUGUUCUUACCCCCUCCUACCUGGGUCUCCUCACUGCUGUUCUUACCCCCUCCUACCUGGGUCUCCUCACUGCUGUUCUUACCCCCUCCUACCUGGGUCUCCUCACUGCUGUUCUUACCCCCUCCUACCUGGGUCUCCUCACUGUUCUUACCCCCCCCUACCUGGGUCUCCUCACUGCUGUUCUUACCCCCUCCUACCUGGGUCUCCUCACUGUUCUUACCCCCUCCUACCUGGGUCUCCUCACUGCUGUUCUUACCUCCUCCUACAUGGGUCUUAUGUCUUGUUUUGAUCAUGUUGUUGGCGAUGCAGCUCUUGCUGUUUUUGACCCUAGAUUGUUUUAUGAAUUGUAAGGCGAACUUGGGUGUCAUGAAAGGCGCCUUGAAAUAAAAUGUUAUUCAAUGUAAUUAUUAAUAUUAUUAUAAUUAUUAAUAAUAAUAUUAAACAUAAGCUGCAGAUCAACAGCAGAAUAACUCAGUGGAAGAGAUGCAACACUAUCUUGUUAUAUCAGCAUUUCAUUUUACACUAAUUCAUUAUCAUUAGUAUUAUCAUUAGACCAAUCACU